CGCCGCCCGCCCAUGGCUCGGUCGCUGCCGCUGCUGCUCUGCCUGGCCGCGCUGGGCGCCGGCUGCCGGGCAGGGUCCCCCCCCGCCGGCACGGCCGGGCCCUCCGCCGAGCCGCUGCAGGACGAGGCGGACAACCAGGAGAACAUCCUCUCGCAGCUGUUAGGUGACUACGACAAGGUGAAGGCGGUGUCCGAAGGCUCCGACUGUCGGUGCAAAUGCCUGGUCAGACCCCUGGGCCGCGGCGCCUGCCAAAGGAUUAACGAAGGUGCUUUCAAAGCGGAGGAUUUUUACACGGUGGAAACCAUCACGUCAGGACCCAGCUGCAAGUGUGCGUGCGUGGCCCCCCCCUCGGCGCUCAAUCCUUGCGAGGGGGACUUCAGGCUGAAGAAGCUGCGGGAGGCGGAGAGCAGCGACCUGAAGCUGGCCUCCAUCGUCGAGAUGCUGGAAAGUGCCUUUUAUGGCUUGGACCUUCUGAAGCUGCACUCGGUCACAACCAAGCUGGUGGGUCGGGUGGAAAAGCUCGAGGAGGGCAUGUCCAGGAACUUCACGCAGGAAGGCCACCGGGCACGAGCCAAGACGGAGAAGGGUCUGCAGGAUCCCCACCGCAGGGACAGGGAGAACUGCUCCAGCCUCAUCACCAACAGCCUUGCCGACAUUGAGAGCUCACUGCAGCGAGACGCCGAGGCUGCCUACACGCACGCAGAGGGCAAAUACGAAGAAAGUUUCCUGAAAGAUGAAACCAUCUCCCAGCAGAUCAACUCUCUCGAGUCCCUCCCGGAGCUGCACCUCUCUCCGGAGGACGAGAAGCCCAAGCAGCUCUUGCAGAGGAAGCUGCGCGUGAGGAGCCGGCCUCCUUCCAAGCCCACCAUCGUCCGAGGGGUCACCUACUACAAAGCCCAGUCCACCGAGUCGGAGAACGACAUCGAGGAGCAGACGGACGAGCUGUUCAGCGGGGACAACACGGUGGACCUGCUGAUCGAGGACCAGCUCCUGAGGCCCAGCAGCAGGGCAGGUGAGGGUGUGAGGAAGCCCUCCCCAGUGGGAUGGCCGCCCUCCCCGGUGGGAUGGCCGCCCACCCCUGGCGGUGACCCCACCACCCCACCGGCUGCCGACACUGCCGCGACGGCCACGGUGCCCCUGUCCCCUGCCACGUCCACGGGGCCCACGCCGGACCCCACUGCUGUGAGCUGGCUGACCCCCACCCCGGAGACCACGACUGCCCCGGCGGGACUGGCGGAAGAGGGGACCCCGCAGCUACCGGCAGCCUUGGCCAGCACAGCGGUGGCCACAGCCAUGGAGAGCCUGCCCACAGCCACCACCACUGUCCCCAGCCCUGCCGUGGCCACCACCGCCGGGACCUUGAGGGAUGUGGGGACAAGCCCUGCCCCAGAGAGCAGCCCAGGAGCUUGGGAACAGGCGAGCACCCCUGAGAUGCCAGUCAGCCCCACCAUCCCUGCCACCCCGAAGCAGGCCCUGGAGGAGGAGGACAUCAGGAACAUCAUUGGGCGCUGCAAGGACACACUGUCCACCAUCUCGGGGCCCAUCACCCAGAACACCUAUGGGCGCAACGAGGGGGCCUGGAUGAAGGACCCCCUGGCUCGGGAGGAGCGGAUCUACGUCACCAACUACUACUACGGGAACACGCUGGUGGAGUUCAGGAACCUCGACAACUUCAAGCAAGGUCGCUGGAGCAACUCCUACAAGCUCCCGUACAGCUGGAUUGGGACAGGGCACGUUGUCUACAACGGCUCCUUCUACUACAACCGGGCCUUCACGCGCAACAUCAUCAAAUAUGACCUGAAGCAGCGGUAUGUGGCCGCCUGGGCUAUGCUACAUGACGUGGCCUAUGAGGAGUCCACCCCAUGGCGGUGGCGAGGCCACUCAGACGUGGACUUUGCCGUGGAUGAGAACGGCCUGUGGGUCAUCUACCCGGCCAUCAGCUAUGAGGGCUUCAACCAGGAGGUGAUUGUGCUGAGCAAGCUGAACGCAGCCGACCUCAGCACCCAGAAGGAGACCACGUGGCGGACGGGGCUGCGGAAGAACUUCUACGGGAACUGCUUUGUCAUCUGCGGGGUCCUGUAUGCAGUCGACAGCUACAACAAGAGGAACGCCAACAUCUCCUACGCCUUUGACACGCACACCAACACGCAGAUCAUCCCCCGGCUGCUCUUUGAGAACGAGUACGCCUACACCACGCAGAUAGACUAUAACCCCAAGGACCGCCUGCUCUACGCCUGGGACAAUGGGCACCAAGUCACCUACCACGUCAUCUUUGCCUACUGAGACCCCCUGCCACAGUGGGGCACUGCGAGCCAGGGGCCACCAGCACCUUUUAUUAUUAUUUUUAUUGUUGUUAUUGUUAUUUUGUACAAAUCAAAGAGUAAAUGAUGUUUUUUGUUUCAA